CUUUGGGAAAGAACCUAUGGGCUAUAAAUCUAAUAAACAAACAUUCAGAGUUUUUUUCCCUCAUGCCGCAUCCCGGAAACUAAACUCCUCACAACGCCCAGUUUUAAGAACUGCCCGAGCUACUGCAGCAAGAGCCAGGCAAGGGGGAAAGGAGACGCUGGCGCGCGCACAGCAGUCUCCCGUCCAGGCACGCGCACGCCUGGUCCCCUUCCGCGUCCCUCUUUACCACAAUCCUUUUCACCAAGAAGUGCAGCCUUCCUGCCCAGUGGCGGCUCAAGAUGGCGGCCGACAGCGAGCCUGAGUCCGAGGUGUUUGAAAUCACGGACUUCACCACCGCCUCCGAGUGGGAGAGAUUUAUUUCAAGAGUUGAAGAAGUUUUAAAUGACUGGAAGCUUAUUGGCAUUUCUUCAGGCAGACUUUUAGAAAAGGGUGUGUAUACCACAGAAGCAUGGGAGGAAAAAUCAGAUGAAAUCUCUUUUGCUGAUUUCCGGUUCUCUGUGACACAUCAUUAUCUUGUGCAAGAAUCCAGUGAAAAGGAUUCCAAAGAGGAGCUAUUAGAAGAUGCUCUUCCAGUUGCUAUGCAAGAUCUACUGUGUAUGAACAAUGAUUUUCCUCCCAGAGCACAUUGUCUAGUGAGAUGGUACGGCUUGCGUGAAUUUGUGGUCAUUGCACCAUCAGCAAAUAAUGACGCGGUUCUCAGUGAAUCUAAAUGUAACCUCCUCCUAAGUUCAGUUUCUAUUGCAUUGGGGAAUACAGGGUGCCAGGUGCCAGUAUUUGUGCAAAUUCAGCACAAAUGGCGAAAAUUGUAUGUUGGAGAGUGUCAGGGUCCUGGAGUUAGAACAGAUUUUGAAAUGGUUCAUCUUCGCAAAGUGCCCAGCCAGUAUACUCAUGUGUCAGGACUAUUGGAUAUCUUCAAAUCCAAGAUUGGUUGUCCAUUAACUCCAUUGCCUCCAAUUAAUAUAAGUGUUAGACUUACAUAUGUCCUUCAAGACUGGCAGCAAUAUUUCUGGCCCCAGCAGCCACCAGAUAUAGAUGCUUUGGUUGGAGGAGAAGUUGGAGGGCUAGAAUUUGGAAAGUUACCGUUUGGUGCUUGUGAGGAUCCUAUCAGUGAACUCCAUUUAGCAACUACUUGGCCUCAUUUAACUGAAGGUAUAAUUGUGGACAACGAUGUUUAUUCAGACUUGGAUCCCAUGCAAGCUCCUCAGUGGUCUGUGAGAGUCCGAAAAGCAGAAAAUCCACAAUGUUUAUUGAGUGACUUUGUUACUGAAUUUUUCAAGCUGUAUCGUCGGAAGGAAUCAACUGAUGAGAUUCUUGGAAAAUCUGCAUUUGAAGAAGAAGGAAAAGAGGUUGCUGAUAUAAGCCACGCUUUGUCAAAACUUACGGAACCAGCACCAGUACCAAUCCAUAAACUGUCAGUGACAAAUAUGGUUCACACUGCAAAGAAAAAGAUUCGUAAACACAGGGGUGUAGAUGAAUCACCACUGAAUAAUGAAGUCCUCAAUGCUAUUCUCUUGUACUUAUUCCCUGAUGCUGUUGACAAAUCAGCAGAUGGCUCUGAAGCCAGAACUAGCAUUUCAACAGGAAGCCGUCCUCCUCCAGACAGUGAAGAUUAUAAUCUCUACAUCCAAUUAAAAUCUGCUCCUUCUGAUAGUCUAACUUACAAACUGGCCCUUUGUCUUUGUAUGAUCAACUUCUACCAUGGUGGGGUCAAAGGAGUUGCACAUCUCUGGCAGGAAUUUGUCCUGGAAAUGCGGUACAGAUGGGAGAAUAACUUCUUUAUUCCAGGGUUAGCCAGUGGUGCUCCAGACCUGAGAUGCUGUUUACUGCACCAGAAACUUCAGAUGUUGAAUUGCUGCAUGGAAAGGAAGAAAGCAAGAGAUGAAGGGAAAAAAUCAAAUAAUUUUGACCGUUCAUCCAGUUCCACUGGAAAACCAGACCAGUUGGGCAGAGAUUAUCGCAAGGAGAGUGAUAAGGAAAAGGGAGAAGUGGGGAGGUCCUGGGAGUCAUGGAGCGACAGUGAAGAAGAAUUUUUUGAAUGCCUAAGUGAUACAGAAGAACUGAAAGGAAAUGGUCAAGAAAAUGUGAAAAAGGGGGCUGCCAAAGAAGGUAGCAAAGAGACUUUACCCGUAAAGCCAGAAGGUCGUCUGCAUCAGCAUGGCAACUUGACUUUGCUCCAUCCUGGGGAACCUCUCUAUGUUCCAGUAACACAGGAACCAGCUCCUAUGACGGAAGAUCUGUUGGAAGAGCAGUCUGAAGUUCUGGCUAAACUGGGAACAUCAGCAGAAGGAGCCCAUAUUCGAGCCCGCAUGCAGAGUGCUUGUUUGCUCUCAGAUAUGGAAUCCUUCAAGGCUGCCAACCCCGGUUGUUGUUUGGAAGACUUUGUGAGAUGGUAUUCGCCUCGGGAUUACGUUGAAGAGGAAACGGUGGAUGAAAAAGGAAACGUAGUCAUUAAGGGUGAGCUGAGUGCCCGAAUGAAGAUUCCAAAUAACAUGUGGGUUGAAGCAUGGGAGUCCGCAAAGCCGAUUCCAGCGAGAAGGCAGAGACGACUCUUUGAUGACACUCGAGAGGCUGAGAAGGUGCUCCACUAUUUUGCAGUUCAGAAACCAGCAGAUCUUGCACAGCACCUCCUACCUUGUGUCCUUCACGCAGCUGUACUCAAGGUAAAGGAAGAAGAAUCACUGGAAGAUAUUACUUCAAUAAAGAAGAUAAUUAAGCAGAUAAUCACUCACGCCAGUAAAAUUCUCCGGUUUCCAAACCCAGAAGACAAAAAAUUGGAAGAAAUCAUCGCUCAGAUUAUGAGUGUGGAAGCCACUAUUGCCCGGACAAGAUCCUUGAAAGCAAAGUUUGGGAUAGAUAAAUGUGAUCAAGAGGAAGAACGUAAAGAUCUAGAAAAUUUUAUAAAUAGCUUUUUGGAACAGCCAGAGGUAUCUGUCAUUGGUGCUGGAAGAGGGCCUGCCGGCAGUAUAAUUCAUAGACUUUUUGUGAAUUCGCAGAGGCUGACUGAAUCUUCUGAGGAGAUAGCCCCGAUGCUGCCACCUGAUGAAGAGCUGAAAAGGCCUGGCUCCUCAGAUGAGAAGCGAUUGAAUUCAGGAUCAGUUGCGGAUUUUCCCUCACCUGCCGGGCGCGAGGUUAUUUUGCGCACAGUCAUCCCUCGGCCUGCCCCUUAUUCUAAAUCUCUGCCUCAGCGAAUGUACAGUGUUUUUACAAAAGAAGACUUCCGGCUUGCUGGUGCCUUCUCGUCUGAUACAACGUUCUUCUGAUGUUACUGUGCACCCCUGACUGCUUUCCAUCUUGCCCGCAAUAGAAUGUAGCAGCCCCGCCUUGCUGUGGAAGUGUGUGUCCUGAGAAGUGUAGCUUUGGAGAUUAGGAUAAUCUUAUUGUUAUUAGUAAUCAGCUUCCUCAGAAGCUAGGCACUUUGCCGCUUAUGGCGAAUACUGACUUUGUCACAAGGAAUGCAUUAUGAAUACCUUAAUGAUGUUUUGCAGAACUGUAAAGUGAUUGUUUCUGUUUAAAUCCCUUGUCUAAUUAUAACUAUUGCAUAGAGCUUUGUAAAUACUUCUGGGGGGAUAUUGAGAACAGGACGGCUGCUGUGCAUUGUUGAGCUUGUUCUGAGGGAGGAAGUCUGCAAACAAAUGAACAACAUAGGACAGGACUAUAUUUAUUACGGCCAAGUGUACAAUUUAAGUACUUCUGCAACUCGGAUUCUAAUAUGAGGUUUUAAAAGCCAGUUGUUUAAUGCUUCUCUACAAAGCUGUGCACGAGCUAUAUGAUGCCCACAUAACUAGGUUUAAAGCAGUGUAAAGCUCCAGUAAAAUGUAGCUUUUAAAAUGCAGUUAAUUCCUGUGUGUUUUACUGAUGGUGGCCAAAAAUUAACUAUCCUGCACCAGCUAUUUGAGUAAACAAAAAUGGCCAUGAAGGGCUUCAGACUACCACCAGCACUCUUAGACCACUAGCUUUGACCUUUCCAUACUAUCAUGUGAACGUUUGCUUGUUUAUGUAUGUACUGAUGUAAUAAGUAAAGGAUUAUUUUAAUGGA